ACAUUUCCUCUGAUGUCACGAUGCAAACAAAAUGGCGGACGUCGAGGACGAUGUGUAUCGUAAAGUCUUAGAAAUUUUUAGACGAGCAUCAUGAAAUAGCAGUUAUUUUGGUCGUGCUGACCAAUGCCUUCAAAUGGUGGAAAGUAUGGUUGUAGAGAAUGGUGUCCAGCGACUGUUUGUGGUCGGAAGCGAGGACGGAUUUUACGAAAACAUCGACAGUCCUGCGUUUCUUGGUGAUGAAGAUCCAAACAUUUUCUUUCAUCGGGUUGACUCCGAUCAGAUUAUAUAUCAACCUCGAAGGAAGAGAGCUAAGUUUAUUGGGAAAUAUUUAAUGGGAGAUGCGCUUGGUGAGGGAUCUUACGGCAAAGUGAAGGAAAUGCUCGACAGCGAAAAUCUUCGACGUUGUGCUGUGAAAAUCAUGAAACGACGAAAACUGAGAAGAAUUCCUAAUGGAGAGCAAAAUGUUCAGAGAGAAAUUCAGUUGCUGAAACGGCUGUGCCACCCAAAUGUCAUUAAACUGUACGAUGUGAUGUACGACGAACAAAAACAAAAAAUGUAUAUGAUUAUGGAAUAUUGUGUAGGAGAACUCCAAGAGAUGUUGGAAAGUGUUGAAGGACAUAAAUUUCCCAUAUGGCAGGCCCAUGGGGAUGCUGAAUGCAAAUCCUUGCAACAGAUUUACUAUUCAGGAGAUAAGAAAACACAGAUGGGUUUGUAAAAAUCACUGGAAGACAAACUACAGGGUACCCAUCCCACCCACUGAGGAAGGUGACAUGUUGCGCAGCAUGAGUGUAGUUCCUUACCUUGAUGAUCUACACAAUCCAACUCUAGAUGAGGAAGGUCCUCAAGAAUACAGUCACAUUGAGGAAUCUUACUCGGCAGAUGAUUCAUUAGAUAGUGUCAGAUCACCUGCCACUCCUAGCAGAAGAAAAUCCAUCCUGAAAAGACCAAGUCUUGGAUCAUGCAAAGCACAGUAAAAACAUACAUAAAUCUCUUAACUCCCUUAAGUUAUGAAUCAUAUUAAUAAUUGAUUGUACUGUGUUUAUUUUAUUUGGAAAACUUAUGAUUCUCUGGAAGUGGUUUGGGGGAAAACCAUUUAAAACUUUUUUCUUACGUUUGUUUAGUGUACAUAAUCAAUAUUAUUACAAUAAUUGGCCAUGAGGCAGCACGGAUUUUUGUACAUUUGUAUUUGAAGCAUCUUCCAAUUUCUACAGUCUGGUGCUAGUGAAGUCUAACAGCUGGUGUGAUUUAAUAAAAUAGCAGUGAAUUGAUUCAGA